GUCUGUGUGAAUGAAGACGGUGAAGGUCUUUUUCAGAAUUGAGCUGCCUAAUAUCAGAAACGGGGAAAAGUCUCUCUGAUGGAGAUGCAAAUUUCAAAGCUUCAUCCACUUUGGGCAUGUUCAUACGUGAACCUCUCGCUUUUCAACUAAGAAAGUUGAAUUCUUUCGAUGUUAAUCUCACGAGGGUUUUCAACCCAAAAUUUCUUUAAGGAGACAAGGUAAAGCUGAAGUAAGGGAUGCUUGACCAGUUGGUUUAUUUUCUCAUGCUGAAUUAGGCAACAAGUGGUGGUCCUUUAAGCUAAAUUUUGUCUUUUCUAUUUUUCCCUAUUUUGGAUAUACUUAAACUACACCUAACAUCCACCACAUCCCAAAUAAUCCAAAGCAAAGGAAACCACAAAGUUGAGUGACUGUAAUCAUCAGUCAUGCCUUUAAAUUGCUCAAGCCUGGCUACCAGAGUUCCACAUAUCUUGGAGCAGUGCAGAAUUAUCAAUCCCCAGAAUCUAACACAAACCCAUGUAAGAAGUUGCUUCCUUUUCCUCCCCAGACACAGGGUAAGCCCCCGAAGCAAUUCACUCCGCGUUGUUUCUCGAUCAAAAGGAAGCUGCUCUUCUUCAACAAUGGAAGACCAGAAAAGCCUAGACAUUCCUUCUGAACCAGAGAAAUAUUCCAAAGAAUUGAAUAUUGCUGUCAGGGCUGUGCAGAUGGCUUGUUCUCUUUGUCAGGAAGUGCAAGAUAGCUUGAUUUCUAAGACCAAUAACCAAAUUCAGUCCAAGGAUGAUAAUUCUCCAGUCACAGUUGCAGAUUGGAGUGUCCAAGCAAUAGUAAGCUGGGUACUAUCUGAAUCCUUUGGAAGUGAAAAUGUGUCUAUAGUUGCUGAAGAAGAUGUCCAGAAUCUCUCCAAGGCUGAUUCAGCUGGCCUGUUAGAAACUGUGGUGAGAACAGUGAAUGACUCUCUAUCUGCGGCACCUUGCUUUGGCCUUGAAGGUCCACGCAACCCCCUGUCAAGUUCAGAUGUUCUUGAAGCAAUUAGUCGAGGCAACUCUACUGGAGGCGCUACUGGAAGAUUUUGGACGCUUGAUCCUGUUGAUGGCACAUUGGGGUUUGUACGUGGUGAUCAAUAUGCUGUGGCUCUGGCACUGAUAGAGGAUGGAGAGGUUGUGCUCGGGGUUCUUGGGUGCCCAAAUUAUCCAAUGAAGAAGGAAUGGCUAAAUUAUCAUCACCGCUACCAUAGAAUUAUAUCUAAACUGACCCCAACAACAUCUGAAUCUUGGGACAAAGGUUGUGUGCUUUAUGCCAGAAAAGGCAGUGGUGAGACCUGGAUGCAGCCUUUGCUCAAGAAAAACAAUAAGCUAAUAUGGCCAAAUUCUGCAAUACAGGCUCAGGUAUCCUCCAUUGAUAAUCCUGCAUUGGCUACAUUUUGCGAACCAGUUGAGAAAUCAAAUUCAAGCCACUCCUUCACAGCAGGACUAGCACACAGCGUUGGCCUUAGGAAACAACCAUUACGGGUAUACAGCAUGGUUAAAUAUGCAGCCAUAGCUCGAGGGGAUGCUGAAAUAUUCAUGAAAUUUGCAAGGACUGGGUACAAAGAGAAGAUAUGGGAUCAUGCUGCUGGAGUUGUGAUCAUACAGGAGGCUGGUGGUGUGGUAACUGAUGCAGGAGGCUGUCCUCUGGACUUUUCAAAAGGUAUAUACUUGGAAGGUCUUGAUCGGGGUAUAAUUGCCUGUGCUGGUGCCAAACUACAUGAAAAAAUCUUGAGGGCUGUUGACGCUAGCUGGAAUUCCUCCAGUCUAUAGUAACUCUGCCUCGCAACAUCAAUAAGGCUGCUUUUAUAGUCUCUUUUAUGUUUAAUCGUAUUCUCUUGUCUAUAUAUCGAGCUCAAAUUAUCAUCCUGCAUGACCAUCAAACCCAGGCUACCAUGGUUGGAUAUACUCUGUAAAGCUUGAUUCAACAUAUAUCUUAAGCUCCUAUAGAAGUAGCCAGGAAAACAUGUUUAAAACCGAAAUAUUAACCAGGAAAAAAUAAGAUAAACUUCUGCAU